ACAGAUGACAUUUUCGGAAAAACACGGAUGCCAGUUUGGCGCCGAAUAUCAGAUUAUUCAGAUGAGCACUUCGUAGCGCGGGAUAUUUGUGCAUGUUUUGUUGAAAUUUGGUCUGGCGCCGAUAAUUGACAUAAGUUACUUCAAAAUAAUUGACCACGACGAGCAUCAGGAAAACAACAUGCAACGAAGCAUUGCAUCGUUCUUCCAGCCCAAAGCAGGCAAGGGAAAGGAGAGCACUAAGACUGAUGGACCAGUGAAAGAACAAGUCAAAAGUCCUCUUAAAGUCCAGAAUGGGCUCCAAAAGCAAUCUGAUUCACCUAUCAAGAAAGUUCACAAGCGCAGCCGUCAGAUCUUAGACAGUGAUGAGGAGGAGACCUCAACUGUCAAAGCACCAGCAGCCAACCAGGGAAAAGGGGACAAACCCAAAGAGGAAAAGGAGAAGGUAUUCAAGGCGGUCCCAACUCCUCUCUCCCCUCCAGCCACUCCAGCAACACCGGUAACUCCAGCCACCCCUGGAACCCCUGCCCCCUCUGGAACACCAGACACCCCCAGCUCCAUCUCUCCUACAGGGAUCCCUAAACGCAGGACAGCCAGGAAGCAGUUUCCAAAGAGGAAGCUCGACAGUGGCAGUGACAAAGAGAAGGAAGAAGGAGAGCCGGACGAGGAGAAACGGGAACAGCAACAACAGCAGAAGAAAAGAGCCAGGGUAGACAAAGGAGAGGAGGGCCCAGAGGAUAAGGGAGAGGCCAUGGAGGAAGGCACGGAGGAUGAAAGGGGGAACGCGUCCGAGGCUGAGAAGGGCAAACCCGAGACGAAGGUGAGGGACGUAGAGAACACAACAGACGGGCGGGAGAAGGCGGGUGACACGGUGGAAAAGGUGGAGGAAGUCGAGGCCGACGGGGUUGGAGGGAAGACACUUGAGAAGAACAGCAGUUCCAAGCGUCGGGCGAAGGCGUCAAAGGAGGAGGUGGUGGUGGAGGAGAAGCAUGCUAAAGAGGAGAGAGAUAAGCAGCCGGUGAAGGAGCCAGCUGCUAAAGCGCCUAUCAGCAGUUUCUUCACUCCCAGGAAAGCAGCAGUGAAGAUCGAGAAAGCAGAGGAGAAAAGCGAGGUGGAGAAAAAGCCUAGCGUGGAGAAGAAGGAUGAGGCCGCUGAGGUCAGCAAAGACAAGAAAGGUGUGAAGACAGAGGCUCAGGGCCAGUCAGACUAUGACCCGACCAGACCCAACUACCACCCUGUGGACCACGCAUGCUGGGGGAGGGGCCAGAAGGUCCCUUACUUGGCCGUGGCCCGCACCUUUGAGAAGAUCGAGGAAGACUCUGGCAGGCUGAGGAACAUCGAGACGCUGUCUAACCUCCUGCGCUCCGUGCUGCUGCUCUCCCCUGCUGACCUGCUGUGCUGUGUGUACCUGUGUCUGAAUCAGCUGGGGCCUGCGUACCUGGGCUUGGAGCUGGGGGUGGGGGAGACGGUGCUGAUGAAGGCUGUUGCCCAAGCAACCGGGCGACAGUUGGACAAAAUCAAGGCAGAGGCUCAGGAGAAGGGGGAUCUAGGUUUGGUGGCGGAGAGUUCCCGUAGCAACCAACGCAUAAUGUUCCAACCCGCCAAUCUGACAGCAGGGGGCGUAUUUGGCAAAUUGAAAGAAAUUGCCAACAUGAGCGGAAACUCGGCCAUGAAUAAGAAAAUCGACAUCAUCAAAGGGCUCUUUGUAGCUUGCCGUUUCUCCGAAGCCAGAUACAUUGUCAGGUCGCUGGCGGGAAAGCUGCGGAUCGGCCUGGCCGAACAGAGCGUCCUGGCGGCGCUGAGUCAGGCCGUGUGUCUGACUCCACCCGGACAAGACUUCCCUCCGAAGGUGACGGACGCGGGGAAGGGGAUGAGCGCGGAGAGCAGGAAGGCCUGGAUGGAGGAGAAGGCUCUGAUCCUCAAACAGACCUACUGCGAGAUGCCCAACUAUGACGUCAUCAUCCCGGUCCUGCUGGAGGAGGGGAUUGACCAGCUGCCCAAUCACUGCAAACUCACCCCAGGGGUCCCAUUGAGACCUAUGCUAGCCCACCCCACCAAAGGUGUAGGAGAGGUGAUGAAGAGGUUUGACGAAGCUGCCUUCACCUGCGAGUACAAGUACGACGGAGAACGAGCACAGAUCCACAUCCUGGAGAGCGGGGAGGUCUGCAUCUUCAGUCGCAACCAGGAGGACAACACCAGCAAAUACCCUGAUAUCAUCGCCCGUAUUCCCCAGAUGAAGAAGCCCUCCGUGGUCUCCUGUGUGCUGGACUCGGAGGCAGUGGCCUGGGACCGAGAGAAGAAGCAGAUCCAGCCCUUCCAGGUCCUCACCACCAGGAAGAGGAAGGACGUGGAUGCCUCCGAGAUCAAAGUUCAAGUGUGUGUGUACGCCUUCGACCUGCUGUUCCUUAAUGGAGAGUCUCUUGUCAAACAGCCCCUCUCCAAACGCAGAGCUCUUCUCAAAGAGAGCUUCGAGGAGCGGGAGGGAGAGUUUGUGUUCGCCAAAGCCCUCGACUCGGACAACACGGACGUCAUUGCCGAAUUCCUGGAGCAGUCUGUCCGAGACUCCUGUGAGGGCCUCAUGGUGAAGACCCUGGAGAAAGAUGCCACCUAUGAAAUUGCCAAGCGCUCCCACAACUGGCUCAAGCUGAAGAAGGACUACCUGGAGGGUGUUGGGGACACGAUGGACCUGUGUGUGGUGGGGGCCUACCUGGGGAAGGGCAAGAGGGCGGGCGCCUACGGAGGCUUCCUGCUGGCCUGCUACGACGAGGACAACGAGGAGUUCCAGUCCGUCUGCAAGAUUGGGACAGGUUUCAAGGAUGAAGAUUUGGAGCAACAUUACAAAUUCCUAAAGGAGCACAUCCUCCCCAAACCCCGCGCUUAUUACCGUCUGGACCAAUCAACAGAGCCUGACGUGUGGCUGGACGCGGUGCAGGUGUGGGAGGUGAAGUGUGCGGACCUGUCACUCUCACCAGUAUACAAGGCCGGCAUGGGAUUGGUGGACCCAGAGAAGGGCAUCUCCCUGAGGUUCCCACGCUUCCUCAGGGUCCGGGAGGACAAGAAGCCCGAGGACGCAACCUCCGGAGCUCAGAUUGCUGAUCUGUACAGGAAGCAGCAGCAGAUUCAGAACCAGGGAGACAAACAGGAACUGGAGGACUACUACUGAUGUCACUCCCCCAUCAGCAGAUACUUCCUGCCAACAAGGAAUGGGAAUUCCUAGACACCAAUUAAGUUGGAUAGGGCCCUCUUAUGUUGAUCUAUUCUCUGCCUCUCUUUAAAUGCACCUGUUUAUGGCCUAACAUUAGUCGAAUGACUUGAAUGUUUGUGGAGACUCAGUACGCAAUGCCAACAGUGACCUUUGAAACGAAAGAUUUAGCAAAUUGAAUUUAUGUACAUAGUUUUAAUUAUGUUUUGACGAAUACCAUGAAUAAAGGCUCUGCCCAUUUUUAAGAACA